AUGCUUGAUUCUUUUAAGACUGGAAGUCUCCAAGAUCAUUCAAAACUAGUCAAAUGGUCAGACAAACGCGACAUUGUAGCCAUUUGCUAUUCUGGAAGUGACUCAAUCGUUGAGUUACGUCGAAUGGACUGGACAAGAGUCAAUCAGAUCGUAUUAAAUUCCAAAGCAACGCAUCUCUGUUUCAGCCCCGAUGGAAAAUCGAUACUGAUAGCAACAGAAAAUCAUAAUUUAUACCAGUAUGAUAUCGAAACUACAAAAAUAAUUUCAUCAAAUCGCUUUAAUUUUGAAAUAACUGCAAUUGCUUUUGCGGAAUAUAAUGAAAUUUCAUUAAUUGGUGUAGGCUUGGCCAAUAAUACUGUCACAAUUUUUUCAGAUUCUCAUUUUGCUCUUUCAUGUUGUCAUUUAGAACAAAAUGCGAUUGAGUUGUCAAUCCAGUACGAUAAUGUAUACAUAUUACAUGAAGAUUAUAUAACUAUUCAAGUUUUUAAAUUAGAAUUCCUACAUUUAGAAUACAAUUUAAUUAAAACCGUAUCUGAUUCUCUAUCUUCAUUCUGGUUGCACACACAAAUUAUUAAAAAUAGUAUCAAAGAGUUUGAUGACAAAUGGCAAGUUUUUUGGAAUGAGUUGAAGGAUUUAUCAGAGAACUCCGCAAAGUUUUCAAAAUGUUUUUUGCUUGGACAACAGUUUGAGAGACCGAUUAGUGAAACUCGUUUAGUUCAUGUCAAAAAGCAAGUGGAGGAACUUAUUUCCCAACUUCGUGAUAUUAUAGCAUCCAACGUAGUUCCUGCAUUACUACAAUCUGAUAAAUCAUGUCAACAAGUUGCUUUGGCCAUAAAAAUCUUCCCAAGAGAUAUCGGUUUAACUCUUCAAUAUGAAAAGUCAAUCCCGCAACUGCAAGAAUGUCUAAGCAUAUUGGAAACAAUAUCAAGACUUGAAGGAUUUCUUAACGCUACUUUUGAAAUUUUUUCAACUUCUCAUCCUAUCCUAGAAAUCUUAGAUAAAAAUAGCAUAUCAUGUUCAUCAUAUUAUGAGUUUUUAUCUAAGUUCUUUAAGUACUUUCCAAUUCAUUCAAUUUCUAUUCAUAAUAAAACUGAAUCUGUUCCAAUGUUUGAAUCGAAACUUUGUUCGACAUUCAUAUUAGAAGGGAACUACUCUAUCCUGAACAAAUCUUUCGUUACUACUGUUUCCCAAAAUGAAUUUUCAUUAUUGAAUCUUGAUACUGGUGAAAGAAGCAAAUUCCAAUCCGAUUAUAUCAUUGAUAUUGCAUUUCCCUUUGGUGAUGGUUGCAUUGGAGUCUUUUCUAAAUCUGAAGAAAAAUCAUUUUUCCAGAUGUUCGGGAGACCAACAGAAGAAGAAGAAACUCAAGGAAUGUUAAGUGUUCCUACAGAAAAUAUAAUUGCUUAUGACAUUAGUAAUAGACGCUUGGCUUUAUUACAAUCGUCAAAUAAGCUAUUUUCAGUCGUUGAUCUUGAAUCUAUUGCAGAAGAAGAUGAAGAAUAA